UUCACCUUCGCACAGUCUGGCGCUGGUAACAAUUGGGCCAAGGGACACUACACCGAGGGUGCUGAGUUGGUAGACGAUGUGCUUGAGAUUGUGCGUAAAGAGGCCGAGAACUGUGACCAGCUGCAGGGUUUCCAGCUUACCCACUCCCUGGGCGGUGGAACCGGAUCCGGUAUGGGUACACUUCUGAUCUCAAAGAUCCGAGAAGAGUAUCCCGAUCGUAUCAUGGCCACCUUCUCUGUAGUACCCUCGCCCAAGGUAUCCGAUGUCGUGGUAGAGGCCUACAACGCCACCCUCUCGGUACACCAGCUCGUCGAGAACACUGACGAGACCUUCUGCAUUGACAACGAGGCUCUAUACGACAUCUGCUUUCGCACGCUCAAGAAGAACAACCCCGACUACGGCGAACUCAACCACCUCGUAUCCCACGUGAUGAGCGGUGUCACCACCUCUCUGCGGUUCCCGGGUCAGCUCAACAGUGAUCUGCGUAAGCUGGCUGUCAAUAUGGUGCCGUUCCCGCGCCUGCACUUCUUCAUGCCCGGGUACGCACCCCUCACGGCCCCGGGCGCGUCUCAGUACCUCUCCACAACCGUGGCGGAGUUAACGGCGCAGAUGUUCGAUCCCAACAACAUGAUGGCCGCCUGCGACCCGCGACGGGGCCGAUACCUGACGGUAGCCGCCAUGUUCCGCGGCAAGGUCAGCAUGAAGGAUGUGGAGGAGCAGAUGCUUGGUGUGCAGAACAAGAAUAGCGCGUACUUUGUGGAAUGGAUCCCCUCGAAUGUCAAGACGGCGGUGUGUGAUGUGCCGCCGGUGGGUCUGAAGAUGGCCGCGACCUUUGUCGGCAACAGCACAGCUAUCCAGGAACUCUUCAAGCGUGUCAGUCAACACUUCACCUCCAUGUUCAGAAGAAAAGCCUUCUUGCAUUGGUUUACUGGUGAGGGUAUGGAUGAGAUGGAGUUCACAGAGGCCGAGUCCAACAUGAACGAUUUGGUAUCAGAAUACCAGCAAUACCAGGAUGCUACCGUAGAGGACGAUGCGGACGACUUCGCUGACGAAGUGAAUGAUGAGGAGGCUGGUUAUUAAAUAUUAAGUGUUUAGUAAGCAAACGCAUCCCUUUAAUAGUACUCCAACUCCUUUGUAAAUUAAAAUAUGAUAAGAAUGAAA